UAUGACUGUUUGUUUGCUUCCGCCUUAUUUAAAACCACGUGUUUGGCGUAUUUUAUGAAUUAAACUGCACCCCCAGCUGGCGGUCAUGUUUUGGUAACGGACCCAUGACGCUAGUUUCAACUUCCGGUCGGUGUCAACAUGUGAGAGAUGGCUUCCACGGCUCAGGACGUCACUCUGGUCGGCCUGUGUGAUGGAGAGCUGGACUCUAAGAAGCACCAGUCUUCGUAUCUGACCAACAAGCUCGGGGGUCAUCCGGACUGGUUGCCCACCAUCUCCCGGCAGUCACCUCGCUGCGCGCGCUGCGGAGCCCCGUUAACCCACGUGGUGCAGGUCUACUGUCCCCUGCAGGCUUCGCCCUACCACAGGAACCUGCACCUGUUCGCGUGCCCAGGUGCUGAGUGCAGCGGCCGGUCAGACUGUUGGAGGGUGCUCCGCUCUCAGGGCCUGGAGGCGGCAGCGCAGACACCCAGCCGGCCUGUAGCCGCUCAGGAGGCUCCUUUGUCGGCCACUGACUGGUGUGACACCGCUGAUGACUGGGGGAUGGAGGAGGAGGAGGGUGAUGAUGAUGAUGGGUGGGGAGGAGGUGUGAAGAAAGGGAGCCAGGUUCAAGAGGAGGCAGCAGCUCCUGAAGCAGGAGCACCCGCUGAGAUGGAUGUCAGCAGCCGGCUUCAGGAUCUCAAUUUGGGAGACUCCCAGACGGAUGUUCCUGUCCUCCGUCCCUUCUUCAUCAGUGUGGAGGAGGAGUUGGAUCUGGUUGGAGAGGAGAACGACUUGCGGCACGCUCAGCAGCUGCUGAAGGAGUACGAGAGGAGAGAAGGAGUGGCAGUGAGAGAGCUGGAGGGCAACGAAGGCGGCGGCGGAGGAGAGGAGAAGUACGAAAAGAUGAGAGCCAGACACGGAGACGCUGUCUUCUCCAGGUUCAUGAAGAAGAUCUCUCUCUGUCCUCAGCAGAUCCUGCGCUACUGCCGCGGCGGGAAACCGCUCUUUAUCUCCGAGCCCCCGUCCAACAUGGGCCAGAUCGUGUCGGCGUGCGGCUCCUGUGGAGGAUCCAGGACUUUUGAGCUGCAGCUGAUGCCGGCUCUGGUCAGUCUGCUGCAGAGGGAGGACCGCAGCGCUGAGGCAGAGCUGGAGUUUGGGACGGUGCUGGUUUAUACCUGCACAAACAGCUGUUGGACAGAAGGAUCAGGAUCAGCUGUGGAGGAGUUCUGCUUUGUUCAGACGGACCCAGACCAGCAGCUCUUUAAAUGACCUGACA